AUGAAAAGAAACAUUCAAUCUAAAAAAAUUCUAUUGACUGUAUGCUGUUAUAACAGAAACCUGAAUGUCGAUACAUUACAGCGUAUUCAAGAUGAAGUUGCACCAGAUGUAUCAGCACUUAGCAGUGGUUUAUGUAUUACAACAAUUUUUCAAUUUUUUAUUCUACCGCGACAACGUCGAACAUUUUUAAUUAUAUCAGUGAUAUGGAAUAUAUCAAACAUUAUUGGUGCCGUUCUAUUAACACACAACAUAAUCUAUGCAAAUCCAUUUUUGGCACAUGAUUGGGCAGCUUUGUUUGUUCAACAAACAACUAUCUCGGUUAUUGGUCUUAUCGGUGACGCCAGUGAAGCCGGUAAUCGUGCAGAAAUAUCUAAACGUUUAGGUGAAGCCGUACAUCGUCGUACUCAAUUAGAGGCAUUAAAAAGUCGUCAAGACCAAUUACUACUAUCUGUUAUUCCAGCUUAUCUAACCGAUAAGGUUAGCAAAUCAAUUGUAGCAUCAACAUCAGAAAAUGCAAGCAAAAAAAAUAAACAUCAUAAACUGUUUCAUGAACUUCAUGUACAGUUACAUGCCAAUGUCAGCAUCUUAUUUGCUGAUAUAGUCAAUUUUACGGUAUUAGCAGCUCAGCUUAGUGCUCGAGAUUUAGUGCGUACGCUAAACGAACUGUAUUCAAAGUUUGAUCGUGAUGCUCAGAAAUUACAAUGUAUGCGGAUAAAAUUUUUGGGUGACUGUUAUUACUGUGUAAGCGGUAUGCCGGUGAAUAGACCAAAUCAUGCUGAUAUGUGCGUUGUUAUGGGACUGGAAAUGAUUAAAACCAUUAAGCAGGUCCGAAUUGCGACAGGCGUUGAUGUUAAUAUGAGGAUUGGUGUUCAUACUGGUUCUGUACUUUGUGGUGUUCUUGGCCUGCGAAAAUGGCAAUUUGAUGUUUGGAGUGACGAUGUUAACCUUGCAAAUCGUGUUGAAUCUUCUGGUGUUCCUGGAGCAGUUCAUAUAACUAAGACCACAAAAGAAAUGUUACGUGGCGACUAUAAUAUUGUUGAAGCACAUACUGAUGAUCCUGUAGUCGGUUCGCUCGGACAGCCAACCUACUUCAUCUUACCUGACAAAACAUCCGUUUUGGAGCGAAAUGCCUCAAUUGUUCGUAGAAGUUCAACGCACUCGCUGUCCAGUUCGGAUACAGUUGAUGUUGAAGUAUCAUUAAAUAGCCUAAACUCAAGCCGGCUGUCUUUGAAGUCGAAAGUUUCAAAAGUUGUUGAAUCCUGGGGUGCGGAAACAGCAUUUGCAAAUCUGUCAAAAUUCAUCAAAUUUCAGUCAAAUAUUGCUCGUCGUCCGCAUUAUAAUAGUACGAUACAGAGUAUGACACUGAUCGAAAACAAUCUAACCAACUUUUCUCUAUCAAAGUUAAAUGUCUUUUUUCAUUGUUCAAAUCCGGCAACUGUAGUCUCACCUUAUCUUUUGUGGCCUUUCAGAAAAAAAUCUGCGUUAUGUCAGUUUUCGGACUGUUCAAUAUUUUUGGUUUUUAUAAUCGCUGUCAACAUAUCACAAAUGCUUCUGAUUUUUGGACACCAUCCGUUAGUUCGUUUUUCUUUUAACUCAACAACUGAAAAAUUACUUUUGGCUUUUGUUUGCUUAUCUAUUUCAAAUGAAAGCGUACAAUGGAUACAGGUUUUACAGCUGCUGAUGUGUACCUUCUUACUUGGUGCUAUUUGUGUUAUCGACUGGAUAUUUCCGGUGCUAAGAAGUAUACUAAUUUGUCUAUCAACAGCAAUUACGGUUUUUGCUACAUUAGGUCCACACUUUAUAUAUAUUACAUUUGCUCCACCGGGAAGUGAAGGAAUUCCGUCGUUGAUAUGGCUUUCCGCUUGUGUGGUAAAUUUUUCAUCAAUUUUUCUUCUUUAUCGUUUCCCAUAUGCUCUUCGAUGUGUUCUGCUGUCGUCGUAUUUCGUUAUUUUCAUCCUUUUUCUGUGUUUAUUUCCGUCAUCACAGAAUACUUUAAAGUGGAAAAGCUAUAAUUUGACACUGAUUUGUGUGGAUAUGAUAUUUGCAUUUCUGUUACUUCUGUUUAUUGAUUGGAUAACGGACUAUGAACGAAAAGCAGAAGCGGCCUGUAAUGUUUCAUUCAGAAACGAAGAACGUGAUGUGGAAACAAUGCAAGACAUCAAUAAGCUAUUGAUUGAAAAUAUUCUACCAUCAGGAGUUGCUGAUAAAUUCUUAGAUCCGGAUCGUUGUGUCGAUGUUCGAAGUUUACCAUUCAAGGAACUAUAUGCUCGUUCGCACGACAACGUAUGUGUAAUGUUUGCGAGUAUACCAAAUUUUCAAGAAUUUUGGUCACAGUGGGAUAGAACCAGAAAACUGGAAUGUCUUAGAUUACUGAAUGAAAUUAUUUGCGAAUUUGACAAGCUGUUAUCAAAACCGAAAUUUAGCGGUAUAGAAAAAAUAAAAACUAUAGCUAGUACAUACAUGGCAGUUGCCGGUUUAAAUGAACAGGAUAAUGUCGAUGAUCAGGAUCAUUUGGAGUUUAUUGAUGAAACUGCGCCAGCAGAAAAAAGACUACACGAUAAAGCAUUUAGAAAUUCGUGUGUUAUGGUUGAGUUUGCAACAGCUAUGUGCGCUAUCCUUGAUCAACUAAAUCGAGAUUCGUUCCAAAAUUUUGAACUUCGAUUUGGUAUGAGUUGUGGUCCUUUGGUUGCCGGUGUUAUUGGUGCACAAAAACCGCAAUAUGAUGUCUGGGGAAAUACCGUCAAUUUGGCAAGUCGAAUGGACACCUAUGGAGAACCAAAUAAAAUUCAUAUGACUGGAGAAAUGGGUAGACUACUUCUACGCGGUGGAUUUCCGUUACAGAGUCGAGGUAAAAUGCGUGUAAAAGGUGUUCGAGAACCAAUUGAAACAUUUUUUUUACCUCUUGAUUUUAAACGUGAAUCAGCUGCCAGUUUAUGCUCACAAAGACAAAAUUCCUUCUGA